CCUUUCUCGCUCCUGCAGCAUAUUUGUAAACAAAGCGCCACGAGCACAACAAAGCGAUGGAUGGAAACAAUCCACGUUUGCAGGCAGAAUUGCAGCAGAAAAUCCUUGAAUCUAGGCAAAUUGUAGAUCUCUACAGGCCUAUUAUCGAUGCGUACAUUGUGGAUUUCUUCCAUUUGAAUCACUGGAACAGUUUACCUCCGAGCUGGAUUCGCUGUUUCAGUACCAUCCCGAUCGAGCAUCUUCCAGCUCUCCUGUCCUUUGAGAGCAGAAACAUAGAAACAAAUGUGUGGCCUUUGACGGUACUUGCCUUGCGAUCGCUUUUCCGCCGAUUAGUACACACUAGGAGCAAACCUAAGACGACCGAAAAGCUCCCAACCGACCUAAACUGUGUUUAUUACAAACAGUCUGGUUUGUUUCAUAAGUCGGUCAAACUGAAAAAGCGUCACGAAAUAGAGCAGUUUGCCACGAACUGUUCGCGUGAAAACAAUUGCCACACGCUGGUCGAUAUUGGCUCGGGACAGGGUAAUCUAGCACGCACGCUUGCCUACGGAUUUGGUUUCCGCGUGUGCUGUCUCGAGCAGAAUGAAUCGUUCGUGCAAGCGGCAAGGCAAAAGGACGCAGAACUCUGGCGUCGGUUAGUAAAACUCGAGCCAAAGCUGCAAAACACUACCACCACCACACCACACCCAGUCCAUCUGCACGAAAAGGUCAACCUUGAUCACAUUGACCCGAAUGCUUUCGAGCAACUGCUGCGGGAUGCACUAAACAUCGAAAAAGGUCAACAUCCCGAUGCACUCCAAUUUGGACUAAUUGGUCUUCAUCCGUGCGGUGAUCUAGCCCCGUCUUUGUUGCGCCUCUUUCUUGCCUGCCACGAGUGUCGCUUCAUUAAGCUCGUUUGCUGCUGCUACAUGAAGCUUUCCAGCGAGAGCUCGAUAUCGAACGGCGAACCAAAGGAGUAUGGAUUCCCUUUAAGCGCCUUUUGUCGUAGUACUAAUCUCACCCUAAGUUACGAAGCACGGGAAAUGGCCUGCCAUGCAAUUGAGCAGUACCGGGAAAGGCUGAGUGGUGAUUAUCACGAGCUUAAGAUACACGCUUACCGUGCUGCGAUCGAAAGUAUCAUCGUUCGUUUGCGUCCCGAUUUAAAGCAUGCCGGGCUGAAGGGUGGCAUCCGGGCGACGGAAGUAAGCUUCGCCGAAUACUGCCAACGAGCGGUCGAUGGACUGGGGAUCACUGUACCGGAGAGCGAUGUCCACUCGGCGGCAACACAAUCACGGCUCAGCCGAUGGGAAGAGGUUGUAAAGUUUUACACAAUAAGACUGAUGUUUGCUCCACUGAUAGAAACGAUCGUCCUGUACGAUCGUUGGUUGUUUCUACUCGAACAAGGCACCAAUGCCCGUAUCGAUGUUCUGUUCGAUCCGUACCUUUCACCGCGGAACCAUGUCAUCACCGCCUACAAAUGACCAAUAACUCAAGCGCGGGCGCCGCUGCUUUUAAGCCUUUAGUUGACACUGACGGGCCCGUUUGUCAGUUUUGUUAUAUAUUUUAAAUAAACAAUUGUUAUCAAUAUUAUUAAA